AUGUCGAGCGCUCCUCCCCAAUUAGUAUUCAGCAAUGACAUCGUCCAUAUGGAUGAAUGGGCCCGACGCACGGGCAUCCCGCUCACCACCGCAGAGGCCCUAGGCACCAACUACGCGCGGGCGCGUCGUUGGAUGAUGGCCAUCCGAACCCAGCUCGUUCAAAAUCUCGGCUGGGAGGAUGUCACGCCACUGGACCCCCGCCUGCUCUUCGACAUUGAAUGCCCGUCACCGUACCGCUCGCCGAGAGGUCUCCCUCGCAGUCCCAAUCUGCGCCUACAGAUCCCCAUCCAUGCUUCAUCCUUUUUCUCACCCGACCGGCGCGUCCAGUGGGAGAUGGUGUUCCACAGUGCACUUUUUCCCGGCAUGCGCCAUACCGUCCCCGCUAUCGGCGACAUGUUACAUCUCCUCCAAUGUCUUCUGACAGGCAUGAUUGUUCUCGUCAAAGAGGAGGUCAUCGCUGGUGUCGGUACAGAGAGGACAAUCCGAGCCCUGCCGCCGGUCGAAUGGGUUCAUUCACAUGAAGUCGCGCUCACUGAAAUCCUCGGACCCACCCAUUUCCGUCAGCUCUUCAGGGCAGCUGGCGACAACCGCAUUGCCUUCAAGUUCGAGCGCGAACCCCUGCGAUAA